AUAUUCUUUUGCUAUAGUGUCUUAAAGUGCUACGUAACAAAAAUGGCCGCUGUUUUCUGGGCUGUUAUUCUGCUAGCAGGUUUGUCCUGCACUUCUGCCGAGCUUGGCAGUCCUGCUAAGAUCGAGGAUUUCCCCAGCGUGGUGCAGGUCGAGAACGUUGCAGCCACCAUCUGGCUCCAGCAGUGCGUCGGCUCUGUCCUCACCUCCUAUCACAUCCUGUCUGCUGCUAACUGCUUCUCUGGAGUUGGCUACAACGCCAACACUCGUCGUAUCAGAGCCGGCACAUCUACCCGGGGUUACGGUGGUUCCGUGGUUGAGGUCUACCAUGUCUACAUCCACCCCAGCUACGGCCAGGGAGUCGGUAAUGACGGAGACAUCGCUGUGGUCCGCCUGGACGGCAGCCUGAAGCUCGGAGACACCAUCCAGCAGGCUUCGAUCCUUGGCCAAGGCAUCCAACUGCCCGUUGCUCUUCCCGUCACUCUUGUUGGUUGGGGUACCACUACUGAGGGUGGCCUUAUCGGCAACAACGACCUCUACAGCCUGGAGCUUGCCACCGUCUACGAAGGCAAAUGCUUGCACGAGUACCAGAACGCUGAGAAGCCCGAAAUCAUCACCGAGAACAUGGUCUGCGCAGGUCUGUCCACGAUCGGUGGCCGCGACCUUGACUCCAGGGACUCUGGCGCUCCUCUCUUCUACUCCGGAGUCACCGUGGGAGUUGUCUCCUUCGGCAAGUCCUACUCGGACGACCAGUACCCCAUCGUGAGCACAUCUGUCGGAUCCUACACUUCCUGGAUCGUCGAAACGGCUGCCCUCUAAAGACUUGAUAUUAUAUUGAAAAGUUAAAUUAUUUAUUAAGUCAUUGAACUCUGGAAAAUCUUAAAUGAGAUUUAGAUUUUGACACUACAA